AUGGAAGAUGAAACAAGUCGAACGACCAAUGUCAUUGGAAGCGCACCUUUGGAUCUUACCGAGUCUCUUGAUUCAACAAUGGAAGUUCAACAACAUGCAUUGACGGUGAAGAGAAAAGCUAUAGAAUCAAGAUCUGCUGCUUGGCCGCAUUAUGAGAAGCUCAUAGAAGAUGGAAUUAAUAAAUCUAAGUGCAAGUAUUGUGGUAAAGUUCUUUUAGCUGAUUCAACUAAAAAUAGAACAAGUGGACUGAAUAAACAUUUGAAAACUUGUCCUAAAAAUCCAAAUAAGGUUAACAAUUUCAAUUCCAAGUACAAACAAUCAAAUUUAAACUUUCCCUUAGAAGGUGAAAUGUGUGAUGGGGCAAUUUGGACUUUUGAUCAAGAGGCAUCUCGGAGGGCUUUAGUUGAGAUGUUAAUUCUUGAUGAACUUCCUUUUCGUUUUGUUGAAAAGGAAGGUUUUAAGAAUUUUAUGAAAAAAACCCAACCUUUAUUUCGAGUUCCCUCCCGUAGAACAGUUGUUACUAGUCAUAAGGGUGACGAAAUGGCCCGUUGUAUUAGUAAGUGUUUGCUUGAUUGGAAAUUGGAGAAAAUAAUCACUAUAACUGUAGAUAAUGCUUCUUCUAAUGAUGUCAUGGUGAAAGAGUUACACAAACAAAUGGUUAAUUGGGGAUCUACCAUGAAAUGUGGUAACCAUCUUCACGUGAGAUGUAUGGCUCACAUUUUGAAUCUUAUUGUGCAAGAUGGCAUGAAAGAAGUUGGUCCAUCGAUCAAACGUGUUAGGCAAAUGGUGAAAUAUGUUAGACAAUCUCCCGCAAGGAUUAGAAAAUUUGAGGAAUAUUGUGAACUAAAAAAUAUAGACAGUAAGAAGUCAUUAUGUUUAGAUGUUUCAACCCGGUGGAAUUCGACCUACUUGAUGUUGGAUGCCGCACAACAUUUUGAGAGUGCAUUUGAUUACUUUGAUCUCGAAGAUGGUGGAUUGUCAACUUAUCUUGCUAAUCAUGUUUGUGAAGAUGGAAGUGUUGCAGGUGUACUUGAAAGUGAUGAUUGGCAAAAGGUGAGAAAUAUGGUAAUAUUUCUUAAAAGAUUUUAUGAUCUAACUGAAAAGGUUUCAGGUUCACUCUACGUCACUUCUGCUGGUCACUUUGAAGAUAUAGUUGAGCUUCACAAUCAUUUAAGAGAGUAUCCUCGUAACAAACUUGAGUAUGUUGGCGACGCACUUGAGGAUAUGUUUGGAGAUGAAAAGGGGAGUGAAAUAAAAGAUGAAAUGGUGACUUACAUGAAAUCUAUGUUUGAAGAGUAUGUAGCAAAAUUCUCUAAUGUAUCUCGACGCCCAUCUACUCUCACUGAUUUAUCGGGUCAGACAUCGGAUUCAUCUAUCUCUAACACUAGCACAAAAUCAACAAAAGUAAGAAAUAGGAUCCAAAUGAAGAGGAACAAACUAGAUGGUACAGGUUUGGGUAGUAAGUCGGAGUUGGAAAGUUCAUUCUCCUAG